GUAAACACAUUUCCUUUUAACAUGGAUAUAGUACUAGUAUUCAAUCGUUGAAAAUCUGCAAAUAUCUAUGGAACUGAAAACUUUGUGUUGGGUUGAUGAAAGUUAAAAAAAGAUUUUAUUGACAAUGAUUAUGAAAUGAGUUUUUGCAUUAAUAUCCUUAAAAAGAUAUGGCAUUGUUUGAGAUUCGUGUGUGUAACAUCACCAGUGUCGUACUCACCAUCUGAUGAUGGACCGAGUCGACCUGUGAAGCGGACUAACAGUAGCAGCUGGAUGAUUAACAUUGUCAGGACAAUCAGAUUCAAACAUGAUGCGCUAAAGGAUCAUGGGUAUUGGUAUCUCAAAUCGUCAGAAUGGAGUACACAAUUUCCGGAUUCGAAUGGAACAAAACAGUCACCUAUAAAUCUUGUGUCUAAAACAGCAAUUUACGACCCGAAGUUAAGGGAGAAACUUCUAUCAAUUUCCUAUACAUCAUCGAGGGAAACAGACUUCUUGAAUAACGGACAAACUGUAGUUAUUUACCCAAAAUCUAGAAACGAUACGUCCGUUAGACAAGAACAGGCUGUUCGCUCAGUAAUAACUGGAGGACCCUUGGCCGAUGAUGAAUACGAGUUAGCCGAGAUCAGAUUCCACUGGGGACGAUGUAGCGGAAGAGGAUCGGAACAUACAGUUAAUGGAAAGGCUUUUCCUAUGGAGCUGCAGUUUAUUCAUUGGAAUUCAACACUUUAUCAAAAUUUAGAGGAAGCAACCGGGAAAGAGAAUGGAAUUGCAGCGAUUUGUUUGUUUGUGCAGAUUGGCCGAGAAAAUCCUGCAUUUAGAGCUCUUAUUGCUGAUUCCUUAGAUGAUAUACUGUACAAGGGGAGACAAAAGACAACGUAUGCGCCUUUCAAUCCAGCCUCAUUAUUACCAGUUUCUGAGUUGUUACAGGAUUACUGGGUGUAUGAUGGAUCUCUAACACAUCCACCAUGUAGUGAAAAUGUAACAUGGAUCCUGUUACGUUAUCCACUACUAUUAUCACAGGAACAGGCUAUGGAUUUCCGUCGACUUAACACAUACAGUCAAGAAACUAAGGUGACAAAUGCUUAUGAAGGCAAACUUGUAGACAAUUUUCGUCCCAUACAACCACUGAAUGGCAGAAAGAUCAGAGCAUCGUUUCAGUAAUAGGUAUAACUACGACGACGCUCUUUAUGAUAAGAUAUUCAGACUUCUCUCAUCAAAGGAUACCAAGCAUGAAAUAUUUGCCACCGAACUUUAAACAACCAACAAUCAAUCGAUCAAAGAAUAUAUAAAAGCCUCGUUUUAGUGACCCUUGUAGUAUUUCUAUGUAAACAAAAAGGUCAUUUUCGUUUGAAAACGAAUAUAUGUUGAUGAUGGAAUGGACAGGUAUAUACUGAUAGGGGUAUUAUUAUGUUCUCUUUGAACUGAAAUUAUGUAGAAUCUGAUGUAGAAAAUUUAUAUAGUAGAAUAGUUCAGUUGCAUAAUGAGUUGGAUUGCAAACGAUAGAACAACGACAAAAUAUACGCAGAGUAUACAUUUUACAUGCAUUUUUUGAGCAAACGCAUUUCAGUUUUAAAUUUUGAUAGAUGUAAUAUGCUUUUCUGUUUUUUCAUCUUAACCCUCGCUUAUUAUUUUUUUUCCAAAAAAUGAUUUAUCUAUUUGUUUCUUUCUGACGAAGAAUGAAUGAUUUAAUUAUCUGUAUAAUACAAAUUGAAAAUAAUUGAAUCCUUGAGAAAUAUCUAAAACAAGUCGGUGUUCAUAUUAUUAUCUGAUUCUGUUUCAGUAUAUUGUUAUUCGUGAUGCAUUUUAUUUAUUCUUCAUUCAUUUAUAUUGAUAUAUCCCGACAGAUUACAUAUUGUGUUUAUCUAUAUAUUAUAUUUAUUAUAUCGAUUUAUUUUGACUGGAUACAUAUUGUAUUUAUUCUAUAUAUUAUAUUUAUUUAUAUCAAUACAUUUUGACUGAA